AUGUCACCGAAAUCACGCCCAAUCUUCGAAACACAACCCAAACUUGGCAUAUGCCUGUCCGCACCAUACUGCAUCAUCGAAGUCCAUUUCCACGAGUCAAGCCCAGAGCACCCUAUCAAAAGAUCGACCACACGAUCUCCUCCUUCCGGCAUCCCGCUGUGCCGCAUCCCUCUCCACUCUCCCGCCGCAAGCCCGGGCCCCCAUCCCCCACCAAUCCUCCCGCAAGAAACCCAUCCGUUCACAAAACUCAGACCAAGGCACAUAGUAUCCCCUUCCUCCCCUUCUCCAUUUUUCUACCCACGCCAGCCCGUUCACCGUUACGUCGGACCCACGCAGGCCGUCACCAACAGCCUCGCACCUCGCUUGGGCUGCUCCCCCGACACCGGCGCGCCGCUGAUCGCUGCUCGCGCUGCAACUGCCGUGUGA